AUGUCGAGAAGUUGGGACCAAUUAAAGGUGUUUGGGCAACUUCUUUCGGUUCCCCUGCAACGUCACAUUUUGGGUGACGAGGAAUCCGCAAAGCUGGCAGCGCUCGUAAACCGAGCACUUCAACUCUUAUUCCAGGCUUACAGAAACAUAGGACACGACAACGUAUACGUCUCUUUUAACGGUGGCAAGGAUUCUGUAGCGGUGCUACAUCUCCAUCGGCUUGCAUCCGCUUUCCAAUACUCCGGCGAAGCAGCUGGUCGGCCUCUCAACGUUGUUUUUUUCAAGGACCCCGCGGAACGUUUGUUUCCUGAGAUAACCGAAUUCGUGGAUCACAUUUCAAAAAAGUAUAAUUUCAAAUUAAGGGUGAUAGAGGACGUCUGGCAUAAAGGAAUCCCACAAAUUGCUACCGCAAAAAAGGCGGGCUUUGUUCUAGGUUGUCGAAGUACCGACUUCGAUGGCUCACAAUUAUCAGAAAUAGAGGAGGGGUUCACAGGCGGCGUAGAAUUUGUGCGCAUACAUCCCUUGUCACACUGGAGUUACGGUGACGUUUGGAAUUUUUUGAGACUCUUUUCGUUCGACUAUUGCUCGCUGUACGACAUCGGGUACACGUCAGUCGGCAGCGUCGACGAUACAAUCGCAAACCCUCACCUGAGGAACCCGGACGGCACGUACGCCCCGGCCUACAAACUACAGAACUGGUCUUUGGAGCGAUCUGGCCGUACCAAAGCUCCGCGCAAUUAG